GAAAAAAUUGAAAUUUUGGACAUUUUUUAAUCUGUGUUAAUCGCUGUGAAAAUCGUUGAUAAUAAUUGCAUCCUGUUAAAAAUUGUAUAAUUAACGCAACAAUGGCGCCCAAGGCUAGAACCGUUGGUAUUAAACCGAAGUCUCAGACCUUCAAAGACAAGUCCAAGCCCACCGAUGUUCGCAUGUCAAACAUACAGGCGGCUAAAGCUGUCUCUGAUGCCAUUCGCACGAGCUUGGGUCCCCGCGGCAUGGACAAGAUGAUUCAGGCCGGCAACGGUGAGGUUUCCAUCACCAACGAUGGUGCCACCAUCUUGAAGCAGAUGAAUGUGCUCCACCCGGCCGCCAAGAUGUUGGUCGAGCUGUCCCGCGCCCAGGAUGUUGAGGCUGGUGACGGCACCACCUCGGUGGUGGUCAUUGCCGGUGCCUUGCUGGAGGCCUGCGAGAAACUGCUGCAGAAGGGCUUGCACCCGACGGCAAUAUCGGACUCGUUCCAGCGCUGCUCCAACAAGGCUGUGGAGAUUCUCACACAGAUGGCCACUCCCAUUGAGCUGACGGAUCGUGAGACUCUGAUCAAGAGCGCCUCCACAUCGCUUAACUCCAAGGUGGUCUCGCAGCAGAGCAGCCUGCUGGCCCCCAUCGCUGUGGACGCCGUGCUGAAGGUCACCGAGCCGGGCAAGGAGACCUCUGUGGAUCUCAAGAACAUUAAGGUCAUCUCCAGCCUGGGCGGCACCGUCGAGGACACUGAGCUCAUUGAUGGCUUGGUCUUCACCAGCCGCUCGGCCGGCACCAAUGCACCCAAGCGCCUCGAGAAGGCCAAGAUUGGUCUCAUCCAGUUCUGCAUUUCGGCACCCAAAACCGAUAUGGAUCACAACGUGAUUGUUUCCGAUUAUGCUGCCAUGGAUCGUGUAUUGAAGGAGGAACGUUCCUACAUUCUCAACAUUGUCAAGCAAAUCAAGAAGGCCGGCUGCAAUGUCCUGCUGGUCCAAAAGUCCAUCCUUCGUGAUGCUGUUUCGGAUCUGGCUCAGCAUUUCCUGGACAAGAUCAAGUGUAUGGUUGUCAAGGAUGUGGAGCGUGAGGACAUUGAGUUUGUCUGCAAGACCCUGCACUGCCGUCCAAUUGCAUCGUUGGAUCACUUCACCGCCGAGAAUCUGGUCAGCGCCGAGCUCGUGGAGGAAGUGGCCAGCGGCACCAACAAAUUCGUGAAGAUCACCGGCAUCCAGAACAUGGGACGCACUGUGUCGAUCAUUUGCCGUGGCUCCAACAAACUGGUGCUGGAGGAGGCAGCCCGUUCCCUGCACGACGCUCUGUGUGUGGUGCGUUGCCUGGUGAAGAAGCCGUUCCAGAUUGUGGGCGGAGGCGCACCUGAUAUCGAGAUGUCGCUGCAACUGGCAGCAGUCGCCCAGACGGUGGAGGGUGUGGAUGCCUACUGCUUCCGCGCAUUUGCCGAUGCCCUGGAGGUCAUUCCCUCGACACUGGCCGAGAAUGCCGGUCUCAAUCCCAUUGCCACUGUCACAGAGCUGCGCAAUCGUCAUGCCCAGGGCGAGAAGAAUGCCGGCAUCAAUGUGCGCAAGGGCGCCAUCACAGACAUCUAUGCAGAGAAUGUGGUUCAGCCGCUGCUGGUCAGUGUUUCGGCCAUCACCUUGGCCACGGAGACAAUUCGCUCCAUCUUGAAGAUCGAUGAUAUUAUCAAUACCUUCAGCUAAGAAGUGUGCCUCCGCCACCAGCACCACUUUCAGUCUCUGAUCAGGAUCAAGCAUUUUCCCCUUAAGGCAUCAUCAUUUAUUCUCCUCACAUCUUCUAUCCUCCCAUUUAAUUUGAAUAAAAUUCACACUACACUACACUACGCCUUACCACUCUAAUAUGUAUUACAAAAGCGAACUAAAAGAAUUAAAUAUUGCGCUAACACAACAC